AUGUUGAUGCCAGUCCACUUUCUGCUGCUACUGCUGCUGCUGCUAGGGGCCCCUCGGUCAGGUCUCUCCCAUAAGUUCUACAAAGCUGAGUCUAUCUUCAACUGCAUCAACACAGCCCUGUCUGAGGCCAAGAAGAGCCAAUUGGAUAUUGAACCCCUACUGAGUAAGAGAAGCUUCCACUACCUGCCCAGCCAAGACCCAUCUUCAGGAGCAGCAGAAGAAGAAAAAGAUGAGGACAAGGAGAAAAGGACCUUCCCUGGCUCUGGAAGUAGGGGUGGAACCAGAAGCACCCAUUACAAAUCCAUGUCUCAAACACAGCUCAACGGGAAGAUGUACCAGGACAAGGCCAAGAGUGACCGGCCCACCAAAUUCACUCUGUCCCUCGAUGUCCCCACAAAUAUCAUGAACAUCCUCUUCAACAUCGCCAAGGCCAAGAACUUGCGAGCCAAGGCAGCAGCCAAUGCCCACCUGAUGGCACAGAUUGGGCGGAAGAAGUAG